AUGUCCUGGUGCACCAUCGAGUCCGAUCCCGGUGUCUUCACCGCCCUCAUUGAAGAUAUUGGCGUACAGGGCGUGCAGGUCGAGGAGCUCUACUCACUGGACGAGCAGCAGUUUGCCGGGUUACUCCCCGUCUACGGCCUCGUGUUCCUGUUCAAGUACGAGUCCACUCACGCGGAUGAAGCAGAGCGUCCAGUUUUCACUGGAGAGGAGGAGGGCGUGUUCUUUGCCAAGCAAGUGAUCAGCAACGCCUGCGCCACACAAGCCAUUCUGUCCAUCCUGCUCAAUUCGCACGGCAUUGAACUGGGUGAGACGUUGUCUGAGUUCAAGGCCUUUACAAGUGACUUUUCGCCGGAGCUCAAGGGUCUUGCUAUCUCCAAUAGCGACAAGAUUCGACUCGCUCACAACUCCUUUGCGCGAGCGGAGCCGUUUGUCGAGGACGAGAGGAAGGCGACAGGGAGCGACGAGGUGUACCACUUUAUAGCGUACGUGCCACUGAAUGGAAGGGUGUACGAGCUGGAUGGGCUCCAAGAAGGUCCCAUUUGCCUCGGCAAUGUACCCGAUGAGGACAAGCGCGAGUCUUGGCUGCGGGUUGCGUGUCCGGUGAUCCAGAAACGGAUCGAAAAAUACGCACAGUCCGAGAUCCGCUUUAACUUGCUAGCGCUGGUGCGCGACCGGAUACAAACGUACGAAGAGCAGCUUCAGGCGAUGCUUGAGACUGGCGGGAGUGAGCAGCUCGCAGCACAGAUCCACGCAGACCUUGCAGCCGAGCAACAGAAGCGUGAGAACUGGGCGCUGGAGAACAAGCGCCGCAAACACAACUACAUUCCACUCGUCGUCCAGUUGCUCAAGACGCUGGCCGAGAAGAAGCAGUUGGAACCGUUGAUCAAGCAACAGCUCGAUGCUUCCAACCAUGCUGCGGCUGCUGCUGCAAACUCCACGAACGUUUUGUAA